CUUAAACUGGUGAACUACUCGGGUUGCCCGCGUGCACUAACAGCAUUCAUUUGCGUAGCACGCAAGCGGUCAUACUGCCGGUGUUCAUUGCUGGUGUAACCGUUACACGAAAUAUAGUUUACAGUUUUGCUUGGAUGGAGUAGUAUCGCUGGCCUUUACCUCCUCCGCUACCUCCCUUGAAGUUGGGCAGGCCCUUGCACAUGCGGACACUACCAACCCGCUUUCAGAUAUCCAUAUUAUAAUGUGCACGGACCGGUUGCAGGCAGCUCGCUCGUCCGUUAAAGGCGCGAAUUCCGGAGGCCUACGUGCAUUGCCAUGACACACGCGAACGGGCGUGACGGACCAGGUGGAUCUGCCUCAAAUAUGAGCCGCUCGAGAGCGGAGCUGGCCCCCGCACUCGGGCGCGGUGACGCCGCAGGCGAGGCGGAGCCGAGCUGCGCGGCAGGUGGCUGCAGCACCACCUGUGACGGUUCGCCGCCUGGCCGCACACGCGCAGCUGCAGCAGUCGCAGCCGACGCCGUCGCUAACAUUGCACAGCCCAGUGGGCCCGGACCGUGCGGCUUGGACGAAGGAGCAGGUGGCGGGAGCUCAGGCACGGGCAGUGCCGGCGCUGGCGCAAACGCGGCGCAGGGACACAUCAGCGCCCCCUCCUGGUCGGCACCAGCGGGCUGCGGCCUGGGUGCAGGGGGCGCCAGCGGGGCCCAUCCGAGUGAUGCGGCCGGCGGUGGUGUCUGUGGAGGCAGCGGCAGCGGCGGCGGCGGCGGCGGGGUGGGGAUGGGCGCCGGCGGCGUGCCGCCCAGCCCGCCCCUGGCACACAACCCCACCAGCUCGGGCGUCGUGACGCCGCCGGCUCCGCGUGCUGCUUCCGUGCCGCUCGAGCCACACGUGCAAAACGUGCCGCACUUGCCGCGUGCGCAGCUUCCGCCACCGCCAACACUCGGCGCACAGCGGCCGCAGCCUGCCGCGCCCGCCAGUGCCAGGCCGCAGCCCGGGUCCCCACCACUCGGCCAGGGCCAGGGCCAGGGCCAGGGCCAGGGCCAGCGCCAGGGCCAGGGCCAGGGCCAGGGCCACGAGAGCCAGGGCCAGGGCCUGUGUGACGCGGCGGCCGCGGGCGACCUCGGCUGCGGCGCCUUCGCUGGCCCCAGCGGCCUCAGCGCCGCGGUCCUUGCGGUGAUGACGCAGCCGGACACACCGGCACACCGGCAGCCUGGGCAGCAGGCGGAGGCGGUCGAGGAGGCGGCCGGGGCCACGGGGCGGCAUUCGGCUGCAGGGGCAGGGGCAGGGGCAGGGGCGGCGGCGCAGCCGCCGCCGCCCGAGGUGUCGGCCGAGGCGGCGCUGCCCAGCCCCCAGGGAAGCGACGUGGCCACCGCCGCCGCCGCGGUGGCCGCCGCUGCAGCGGCUGCCCUUGCUUCUGGGCUGGCCGGCGUGGGCAGGGCGGCUCCAGCCAGGCACGCCCUGGCCUUGCAAGGGGCGCUCUCGGUGACGCCCACGGACCGCACAGCCGCCGCCGUCGGCGUGUGGUCGGGUGCGCAGGGCUAUCCCUCACCCUUUGCAAGCGCCGCCGCGGGACCUAGCGCGGGCUCGGGUGUGCUGCCGCUGCCGCUGCCCCGCGUCAGCGGCGGCGGCGGUGGUGGUGGUGGUGGUGGUGGUGGUGGUGGUGGUGGUGGUGGUGGUGGUGGUGGUGGCGGCGGCGGCGGCGGCGGCGGUGGUGGUGGUGUGGGGCUGGAGUCACCUGUGUCCACGCCGCCGGCGCCAGUCCGGGUGGAGGCGCGGCCGAACGGAGGCGCUGCGGGGUCCGCAUGCCGCGACCCCUGGCAGGGCCCUCCCUCGCCCCCGCAGCCGCCCAACCCCUCCUCCUCCGCCUGCCAGCCCAUCCCGGACUACCUGGCGGCCUACCAGCAGCAGCGGGUGGCAGUAGCACUGGCCAGCAUGAGCAGCGGCAGUAGCGCCGGCGGCACCCCCAGUCGGCAGCUGCCCUCGACGCUGAACCUGCAGCUGCCCCCGCCGCCGCCCAUGGUCCAGUUUCCGCCGCCGCCGCUGCAGCUGCCGCAGCGGCAGUCGCACCCACAGGCGCACAUCCAGCCGCUGGCGGCGCCGCCACCUGUGAUGCCACGCGGCGGGUCGCGUCCUUCUCUAGGUGGCGGCAGCGGCGGCGGCGGCAGUAGCAUGCAUGGUGCAGCGCAUGCCGGGGGCCUCAGCUACAGCCGCUUGGCGCACUCCUCGGGCUCAGCGGUGGCGGCGGGGCUGCCGCGCCCCAUGUCGUCAGCCGCAGCCGCAACCGUUGCCGCAGCUGUGUCCCUGUCGCCAGCCCCCUCCAUGGCGACACCCGACGGUGCGCCCUCGCCGCCGGUUGUGCCCCUGCCGCUGCCGCUGUCGCCCGCUGGCCGGCUGCGUCAGUCUUGGACGUCUGUGUUCACGGGACGCGCCAGGCCCGCCAGUGCAGGCUCAGGUCCCGUGGCCCCGACAGCACCAGCCACGGCAGCAGCAGCAGCGGCCGCGGCCACAGCCACAGCCUCUGGACAUGUCAGCGGCCCAGGCGGUGGAGGGGUGCGGGGCCCGAGCCCGUUGGUGACGUCCAGUCUGAGGCGAGGCAGGCAGAUGGCCAGCCCGGGACACUCGGCCUCUGGCCCGCUCCCCUCCUUCAAAGUCAUGGCCUCCCACCUCAACCCGCUCCACACCACCAAUGCCACCAGCACGAACACCAGCCACCAGCAGCACCACCCGCACCCGCACCUGCACCACACGAACCCGCACCCGGCUUCAGUGUCGCACACGCAGCUGCCCACCUGGGCGGAGUCAGGCCGCCAGCCCUCGCACCUAGCCCCCGUGGGCAGCGCCGCGGCGCUGCAGGCGCUUGCCCAGGGCGGCGCGGCCACCGGUGCCAACACGGGACUGCUGAGCCCGGCGGGGCCGUACGGACCCCUGGGAUUGGCGGCGGUGAAGACGUCGGGGCAGUUCGGCGGCCCCAGCUCCCGGCGGCUCAAGGUCAUUCGGUCGCUCACCUCGGUGCAGCGGCAGCAGCAGCAGCAGGCCGGCGGCGGCGGAGGCGGCGGCGGCGCAGGUGGCGGCGGCGGCGGCGGCGGCGGCGGCGGUGCGGUGAGUGGGCUGCGUAGCUGGCUGCCUAGCCUGGCGCUGAGCCGCACCCGCGGCGGCGGCGGCGGCGGCGGUGGCCGGGCGCUGCUGCAGACGGAGGUGGAGUCGGCGCUGCUGGAGGCGGUGCUGAGUGGAGAGGUGGCCUCGCUGGGACUGCCGCCGCCACAGCAGCAGCAGCAGCAGCAGCAGCAGCAGCCGUCCCAGUCAAUGGCAGCGCCGAUAACCGCCGGGGCCGGGGCCGCGGCAGCGGCAGCGGGGGUGGCUGGGCAAGGUCACCUGGGUCUUGUGUCAGAGUCACGGCCGGGCUCUCCAGGGCUUCCCAACACGUCGUCGGCGGAGGCAGCAGCGGGCGCACCGGGGGUAGUUGAAGGGCCCGCGGCGGCAUCGGGGCCUUUCGGCGGCGCCGGCGGCGCCGCCGUUGCCGCCGGGCUGGCGGGCGCGGCGGCGUCGGGCGGCAUUGGGACGGCGACUUCGAGCGGGGGCGGUGGCGGCGGCGGCGGCGGCGGCUCCAGUGGCAUGUGUACGAUUCCUUCUGGGGAGCCGUACAACCAUUUCGGGCCGUAUGGUGUGGGUCUGGGCUGGGCUGGCGGCGCGCUGGGGGGCCUCAUGGGAGGUGGAGGUGAAGGUGGAGAGGGCGGCGCCGGCGCCGCUGGCGGCCUGUUUGCGACGCCGUCGGUCCGCGACCGCUGGCAGCUGGAGCGGUUGUUGGACGUGGAGAGCAUCAACAACUUCUACCUGGGCAACCCGCUGACGCUGCUCGCCGCAAUCCCCGGCGGCAGCACACCCGCGGACACGCCGCGUGUGGCGCCGCGCCGUGCCGCGCGCACCCGCACUGGCCACACCGCGCCCUCCACAACCGCUGCCGGCACCGCCGCCGCCGCCGACACCACUGCUGUGCUGUCAGGCGACGGGCAAUCCGAGGUGGCGUUGCUGCUUGAGGGUGGCGGCGGCACCGGCACUGAGGAAACCGGCGUGGGUGCCGCUGUUGGUGGUGGUGGUGGUGGUGGUGGUGGUGGAGGCGAGGAGGACGGCGGCGGCGGCGGCGCGCACAAGCCCGCUGACCCGGGUGCGGCGGAUGCGGACCUGCUGGGUGGUGGUGAUGCGGAUGUGGACUUUGACACCUCACCGCUGUUCACACCCCUGGCGCUGGCGGCAUGGAAGGGCUCCGUGGAGACUGUGCGUGCGCUGCUGGCGCGGGGCGCCGACCCCAACGCCGUGCCGGGGCCCGCUGCCGCGCGCUGCCGCGUCAUCACGCCACUGGGCGCCGCGGCGGAGCGGGGACACCUGGCGGCGGCGGCGGCGCUGCUGGCGGCGGGCGCCAAGCCGCUGGCCAGGAGCCUGCUGGUGCAGCCUGAGGAGUGGGCGGGCAACAAACCCAUGACGCCGGCGGUCAUCGCAGCCACACGCGGCCACUGGCGGGUGGCUCGCGCCAUCAUCCAGGCCAUUCGAGACAACGACCACCUCCGACAGCAGCGGCACCGUCUCCGCCGCCAGCGGCAGCAGCAGCAGCUAGCGCCGCCGCCGCCGCCGCCGCCGCCGCGGCUGGCAGCGCCAGUCCGCAGCCUGUGGGCUGCCCUCUUCAGUGCCGCCGCCAGCCCCGAUCCCAACACCAGCACCAACACCAACACCAACGCAAUCGGCAGCUCCAACAGCCUCGCCGGUGCCACUGCCGCCGGCGCUGAAGCGGUUAGCCGCCGGCGUAUCACCACCAGCGACAACGCCAUAGCGGGCGGCGGCGGCGGCGGCGGCGGGUUGCGCCGCGGCGGCUGGCCGUGGCUUGGCUGGCUCCGUGGCGGUGGCGGCGGCGGCGGCAGUCGGCUGCCUGAGCCCUGUAGCAGUCUGGAGCUGAGGUCCUCAACGGCCAUGUCGGGGGGUCUGUCGCCUGUUAGCAGCCUGGGGCUAGGCGCCACCGCCUCCGGAGGAGGAGGAGGAGCAGGGGGAGGAGGAGGAGGAGCAGGGGGAGGAGCAGCAUCAGCAGGGGCGCUGUCGGCGGCGGCGGCGGCGCUGCUGCGCUCACGGCUGAGUGGCCGUCGUGCGCUGGCCCCCGCCGCCGCGGAGGAUGGUGCCGACUUUGGCUGUAGCAGCAAGAGCAUUGGCGGUGCUGCAGCCGCUGCUACAGCCCAUCAGCAGCAGCCUACCGCCAAGUCGAUGGGCCGCAACAGCCGCCUCAGUGCACUGGCUGAGUCGCCCUCCAACACGUCGCAUCUGAACCUGCAGCACCUGCAGCGCUUGCAGCAGCAGCAGGGGGUGGUGGGGGAGGGGCAGGUGGGGCGAGGCUCCUACGACAGCCUGACAGCCACACAGCAGUUCGCGCGCGGCAGUAGCGCCGUUGCCAGCGCGGCGGGUGGCGAUGGCGGCGGUGGCGGUGGCGGCGGCAGCCGCCGCGCCCUGGCGGCGGCGGGCGCCGCACUGGGUGCCGCUGCGGGCGUGGCGGCGGCGGCUGCGGCGGCGGCGGCGUGGCUGGGGUCGGCGGUGCUGGCGGCGGCGGGCCGGGGGGUGGCGGCGGGGCUGUCGGGGCUGCCGUACGGGCGGCGUGACGGCGCCGCCGGGCCAGCCGACCGCGAGCUGCUGCAGGCGCUGCUGGCGGCGUACCUGCGCGGCCGUACGGAUGCCGUACAGCUGUUGUACGAUGACGUGGAUGCCAGUGCUGGCGUUGACGCCGCCGCCAUUGACGGGUUGGACGCCGCCGCGUGCCGGCCGGGCGGCGCGGCUGCCGCGCCGCCGGGCUACGGCGGCGCAACCGCGGCGGCCCUGGCAGCGUCGUCUGGGAGGGCGCCUGCGUUUUCAAACGACGGUGCGGCACGGUUUGGAAGCGGCGGCGUCAUCGGCUUGGCCGGCGUGUCUGGUCCCGUCCUCGCCGGCCCCCACGGCACCGCCACCUCGGGACUUCCCUCCCUGCCGUUCUCCUCCCACGCCUACUCCUUCCCACACGGCUACCCCUCCUCCGCCCUCUCCUCCUCCAUCACCCAGUACAGCUCCCUGCCUGCGGGCGCCUCCCAGCUCUACCAGCCUUACGCACCCUACCCGCCCUAUGCGCCCUACCCGUCCUCCCUCCACCACGCCAGCACCGCUGGUAACGGCGGCACCGGCGCGCUCCUGCUGUCCAGCGGCACACUGCAGCAGCCGCCCUUCCCCACCACGCCCUCCGCCGCAGCCGCAACCGCAGCAGCAGCAGCAGCCGCAGCCCCAGCCUACUCGCAGCAGCUCGCGAGCUCCUUCCAUCAGGGGCCGCUGUCGCCCUACCUGUUCUCACAGUCCUUGGCGAGGCCCGAAACGCCGUCGGGUGGCGGCGGCGGCGGUCUGCCCACUAGCAGCACCGCCCGCUUCACCAGCCCCACAGCCGCCGCGGUGCCGCCGCCGCCGCCCCUGCUGCCCCUACCGCCCCUCCGCCUGCAGUCAAUGCAGCCGCAGCCACUGCUGCCAUCCCUGGCAGCGCCUGCGGCGGCGCCUGCGGCUCCUGGUUGCGUUGCUGCUGCUGCCGGUGGCAGCGGCGGCAGGAUGAGUGAUCGUGGCAAGGAGGCGCUUGUUGAAGUGAUGCUGGCCCGGCGGGGCGGCGGCGGAGGGGGAGGCGGUGACGGCGGCGGAGGUGGCGGCAGUGGCAGUGGCGGCGGCGGCGGCUUGCGUGGUCUGGCGGCUCUGAAUGCGGAACAGGAGGAGGCGCUGACGGGGGUGCUAGAGGGUCUGUUGAUCAAGGCCAAGAAGGGGAUGAAGACGUCCGCCCGCCCGCCCUCCAGUGGAGAGGAGCUGGAGCUGUGGCUGGUGGUCCGUCUGGCACUGCACGUGCUGCGCUCUGAGGCGCUGGUGGACUUGGCGUUGGAGGUGCUGUUCGAGGCGCCGCCCGGAUGCAGGAUCAUGCAGUCGCUGGACGGUCUGUUGGACUGGCGGCUGUGGCUGGCGCUGUCGGCGGAGCUGCCGCUGCUGGCGGCGCGCUACCUGUCCCGACUGGCGCUGGUGGAAGCGGCGGAGGAGGCCAAGAGGGGAGGCGCGGCGGCAGCAGCAGGAGGGCUGGGGGCAGGAGCAGGGCUGGGGGCAAGAGGGCUGGGAGCAGGAGGAGGGGCAGGAAGGGCAGUGGCGGCGUCUAGCGAUGGCCAGGGAGGCAGCAGCGCAGGUGGGCAGCCGCCGACACCCGGGGGCGGCGGCGUGGCGGCGGCGUCUGCGGCGGCGGCGGCUGCGUCUGCGGCUGUGGCUGUGGCUGUAGGCUGGACAGAGGGCAGGCAAGGGCAAGGGCAACUCACGGACUCCUCGCCUGCAGCUGCUGACAGAGACGGCACUGGCUCGGGUGGCGCCGGCGACCUGCCAGGGGCCGUGGGGGCGGCCGCAGGAGACGCGGACGCGGAGGUCACUGCCGCGCUGCCGCCCGUGCUCCACGUGCAACCGAACGAGGGCGGCAGUGGAGCUGCGGACGGCUCCGGAGGGCCGGGACCGGCGCCGCCGCCGCCUCAGCUGCCGCCGCCGCAGUUGCUGCAGCUGCGCUGCUCGGACGCCUCCUCUGUGUCUGUGUCGACUGCGGCGGACGCCACCCCACACGCCGAUCUACAGGACCUUGGCGGCGGCGGCCGCACCCGCCACCACCACCCACACCAGCAGCAGCAGCAGCGGCACCGGGCCUCGGGCGGGGCAGCCGCUUCAGACGCGGCCCCGACAUCAGCAACCACAACAGGAGCAGCAGCAGCAGCAGCAGCAGCAGCCCUACCGAGGCACACUGGCAACGUGGAUGAGGAUUUCGCCGGAGAGCGCCCCGCCGCGCACGUCAGCUCGACAGCUGCCGCAGCGGCGGCGGCGGCAGCGGCGGCGGCGGCGGCGGGGGCGGCGGCGGCGGCGGGGGCGGGUGCUGCCGCGGGGCCGGCGGCUGGCCUGUUCAGUCGUCUCAGCCACACCGCCCACGCCGCCAUGCACGCCCACCACCUCCCACACCCUCUGGCCCACAUGCCCCACCUCCACAUUCCCCAUCUGCAUCUGGGAGCCCACGCCUCCCAUCCCCCUCCCCAAGCGCCGCCCAAGCAGCCUGACAGCCUCGUGCCCUCCACCGCCAGCGACGGGCCUUCGGACCCGGCAAGCCAGGAGCAGACAUCCCCAGAGCUGCCGCAGCUCCAGCUCCAGCGCAACCCGCUGCCGCUGCCGCCGCGGCCCCAGCAGCAGCCGCAACGCACCAGUGACAGCCCCGUGGGACGCCUGGCAGCGCACCUCCGCCGCCGCAGCGACUCGGGCACACCGGCGGCGGCGGCGGCAGCGGCGGCGGCGGCGCCGCCCUCCUCGACAGGGGCCGCCGCGGUCGCUGACAACAACACGGCUGGUCGCCACGGGACCGGUCCCGCCGGCGCCGCCGCCGCCCGCGGCGUGCUGUCCAGUCUAGGGGCGCAGGCACGGGGCCGGGGGCGGCGGUGCAGUGACGGCGACUACACCGGAGCCGCCGCCGCCGCCGCCGUUUCUCUGUACGGCAUGGCUACCGCGGACCUGAGCGCAGCCGAGGCUGAGAAGCCGUCACCGUUCGCGUCGGCCGCAGCUGCAGCGGCUGCGGCGGCCGCAGCAGCGGCGGCGGGCGCCCGUGCUGGCGGCGGCGAUGGCGGCGGCGGUGGCGGCGGCGGCGGCGGCGGCGGCGGCGGCACCAGGGAGGGCCCGCGGGUACGGCGGCUGAGUCACAUGUGGGACACAGUGAUGCACAAGCUCACGGGGGCAGCAGCCGCGGCGGCGGCGGCAGGCGGCGCAGCAGCCGCCGGCGGCGGCGUCGUCGGUGGCUACGGCAAUGGCGACGCUGACGGCGGCCGCAGUAAUGCGGCUGUGCCGUCGCCGCCACCGCCGCAGCGGCCGCGGCGGCAACGGCGCGCCUCGGUGGGUGUGGACGGAAGCGACGCAGCCAAACUGGCAACAGAGGCCAUGGCCGCUGCCGCCGCAGCCGCAGCCGCAGCCGCCGGGGGCACUGGCUUUCAUGAGGACUUCGGCGACCUCCGCAGCAGCAGCGGCGCCGCUUAUGGCACCGCUGGUGGUCGCCACAGCGGCGGGCAACACAGCGGCGCCGCCGCGCGAAUGCGGGCCGUGCUGCGCCGCGCCUCCUCACACUUCCGGGCGGGGAGCGGCGGCGACGGCCGCGGCGGCGGCGGCGGCGGCGGCAAUACAACUGACGGCGGCGAGGGCACGGCGGCGCCUGCGGCUGCGGGCGGCGCCCCCUCCACAGACGGCCGCUCCAGCGCGCCUUCCAGAAUGAUGAUGCGCCUGUCCCGCACCCGCGGCCGGACCCAAUCCAUGCCAGGUAGCAUGGCCCUGUUCGGCGCCAGCACCAACAACGCGCGGGAGGCGCGGCGGGAGCGGCAGGCGGCGCGGGCCGCUGGCGGCGGCGGUGGCGGCGGCGGCGGCGGCGGCCACUCGGCGUACGGCUACGGUGCCGCCCUGGACUCUGUGAAGCUGCACAAGUGGGCCAAGCCCUACGCCGUGGUCACAUCGCGCCAGUUCAGCCGCUUCGGGCCGCUCGCCUGGAACACCUGGCAGAGGGUGCUGCUGGCCUGUAUGGCUCCGGGCGUGUACAGCCUGCAGCAGCAGCCGCCCGAGGCGCUGGGGGGCGCGCCGCUCCGCCUCACCGCCCCACCGCCGCCCGCACCGCCCGGCUCCCUGACGCCAGCCGCCAGCGGCCGCAGCAAGGGCGCGGGCGGCACCAGCGGGGGUGGUGAGGGCGGCGCUGCUGGUGCUACUGCUGCCGGUGCUACUGCUGCCGGUGCUACUGCGGCGGUCGUGGCGGGCAUCAGCGGCAGUAGCAGUGUGGGUGUGGAGGAAGCGAAGGCUCUGGAGGCGGCGCUGGUGCCGGCGGUAGGGCCGCUGGUGCUGGCGGCGGCGGCGACCAUGGUGCAGGGCGCCAGUGGCCUCCUGGUGGGGCUGCUGCUACUGCUGCUGGCGGGCGUGGGCGGCGGGCUGUGGUCGCUGCUGCUACUGCCGCGGCGGCCGCCCGCCCGCCUGGCGGCUCUCAAGGGGGCUCUGGCGGUGCAGGGCGGCGAUAAGCGCGAGGCGAGGUGCAGCAGAGUGCCCAUACGGGGCCUGGCUAAGAGCUACUGCCGCGAGCUGCUGCACAACCUGCUUGACGCCGACCUGCCGCCCGCCUGCUACGGAUCCCCCGUGGUCAAGGCCCUGAUCACGUUCAAGUGGCGCACCUUUGCGCGCUACGUGUUGGUUUUCUUGCUGCUUGACCACCUCACAUAUAUGGCCGUGUUCGUGACCUAUGCAGUGGACUUCAGUCGCAGCCACUACGAAACCCACUCCCCGCCCUCACUCCCACCCUACGACCCACCACCUCUCGAGCCCUCGCCUGCCCCCUCGCCAGCCGCCGCCGCCAUCGCUGCCGUCACGGCCGCCGCCGCCACCGCCGCGGCCACGGCCCUGAACACCACUGCAGCCGACACCUCAGCACCCUCGCCCUCCCCCUCACCCUCCCCCUCACCCUCGUCCUCGUCCUCACCCUCACCCUUCCUUGUCGCCAACUUCCUAACCGGGGGAGGCGGCGGCGACGCUAACGGCGGCGGCGGCGGCGGCGGCAUGUGUCUUGGCCGGCUGCAGGCGGGCUGCAUGGCCGUGCUGCUUGUGAUGACCCUUGGGUACCUGGUACAGGAGCUGAGGCAGGCCCUCAACUCGAUCAAGUCCAACUGGCUGAAGCAGCCUCUCAACCUGCUUGACGUGGCUUCCAUCGUGCUCAUGGCAGCAAUCGCCGGCACACACCUGCGCCAGGGCUGCGACGUCGACGCAGACCUCAUACGCGGCCUGUGCGCAGUGGAGGUGCUGGUGCUGUUUCUGAAGCUGUUCUACUACGCCAUGCCUGUGCCGGGGCUGGGCGGCUUCGUGUCCAUGGUGCUGGAGGUGAUGAAGGACCUCUCCAUGUUCUUCGUGUUCCUGGGUACCCUGUUUGUCGGCUUCUCCACCGCAUACCUGGUCAUGCAGCCCAACCUUACGGUGGCGCAGGUGUUCCGCGAGCAGUUCGCGCUCAUCUUCGGCAACUUCGACCUUGAGGAGUGCACGGAGAGCGAGGAUCUGUGUGGCUUGUACCGCAUGAUCAAGAGCCUGUUCCAGAUCCUGGUGUCCAUCAUCAUGCUCAACCUCCUCAUCGCGAUCAUCAAUGAAUCGUACGACCGAAUCCGCGACUUUGAGAAGUUCCAGCUGCUGCGCAACCAAGCCACGAUGAUCGCCGAGGUCGAGGCGCUCACGCCCGGCUGGUUGCUGCGGCUGGGAGACGACUGGGUGGGCGACGACUACCUGUAUGUGUUGGAGGCCCUGUCGCGUGUGGGUCGCAGCAUGGUGGCUGCGGGCGCGGACAGCGGGGCCGGAGGAGGCGGCGGAGGCGGCGGCGGCCGGGGAGGCGGCGGCGGCGGCGGCGGUGAGGGCGGCGGCCUGGAGCGUGUGAGGGCGGGCCUGGACAAGGUCAAGCGGCACACGGCGGAGGGAGCCGCGGCCGUGGCGGGCGUGCAGGCGGAGGUGUCGCAGCUGCGGGAGCAGGUUGGGGCGCUGACGGGGGUCAUUGGCGCGCUGCAGCAGCAGCUGGCGGCGGCGUGCGGCAGCGGCGGUGGCGGCGGCGGUGGUAUGUUGGUGGCGGCAGGGGCGGGCGACGGGCUGCCCUUGGCUGCAGCAGUGGCGGCGCAAGACCAGCAGCAGCGGCAGUAGCAGCUAGUACCCGCCAUGCCGGUGCAUGUCAUACUUGUACAGUGCUGUAAAUGGCUUCUGCUGCUGGCCGCAUGAGUACUGUUGCGUGGUUAACAUUAGAGAUACACUACCGCCGGUAGUGCAUUCCUGGAACGCUAUGCUAUGCCGCACCUCUCCCUCUUGCCAAGUACAUACCACAUAAUGCGAGUGCCUCUGUGAAGGAUUUAGUUAGGACGUUAUAAACGACUGUGACUGCGGGCAUGCAUGCACCGGACAGAAGAUUUCAAUUCGGGCAGUGAGCCUUUCUGUUAAUGGCUGGGCAAUUCGGAAAGCAUGCCCACGGGCGCGUGCGUGCGGUGGAGUCGGUACUUAUGUGCGCGCGUGCAGGAGGCAAGUCCCUGAUGCAGGCUGUGCCCGAGUGGGGAUUGCGCUAGUGAGGCAUUAUUCUCAGACUUUAGUACUGCACACGGAGAAACGUUGAUGGGGCCCGGACGGAAUUCGGGGCUAUUGUGGAAUGUGACAGGCCGUAAGUGUGGCAGAUACGGUAGAUGGAAUGAAACCGGCGGCGUCAAGGCCCCACAUGUGCAUGCAUGCCUGCGGCACGUGCGCGCACGUAAGUGGAGUGUGGCAGUGGGGCCCGGGGCCGGUUCCGCUGCCUGCGCUGCCUCUGACUGCUCCGCAACUGGAGGGCGGGGUGGACCUAAAAGCACACAUGCAUAGAGCACUUGAAGGCGGGUGCUCGGGGGGGGGGGGGGGGCUGGGGCCUGGCGUGCACGGCGGCACAUAUGGUUUACCACGCGUCACGGCCUCAGUAGUAGUUACUAGCACCUUGGCUCCACAAGCUCUCUAUGGCAGUGGCCUGAGCCGUUGAUUGUCUAUUGCCAAUAGGUUAGAGGCUAGAGCUGUCAGGAGCUGCUGGGUAGUUGGUAGUUGGCUGGUGUGGCGCGUUGAACCACACGUAGCAGGUAGGCACGCACGGUGCUGAGGCCGGACUGGCAGCACGUGACGUGGCAGGAGGUUGGGCUGGGCUGGGCUGGGCGUGUCCCGUGCGCACCACUUCCACUACCACGGGUUGGCGGCACACGCGCUCCCUGGUGUAUUGUCAGGCAGGUGUAGUGUCAGGCUAUCAGCUCGG